UAGCUACUACUCAUCAGAGAAAGCUAGCUACGCUAACCUGGAGUCUGACCGGUGGGCGGAAAACCACGAUGGAGCGGCUCAGACUGGCAGCAGCGUAGUAAACCGAGUUGUAUUAUGAUAUAAUCAGUUUGCAGACAGUAACCGUGGACGGGGAAGAACGAUAUGCAGUCAUGAAGCGGGUUCGAGCUGAGCAGAUCCAGUAUGCUGUGGCUCAGUACCUGAAGAGGAGGCAGUAUGUGGACACUGAUGGCUCCCUAAAAGGAGCCAAACUCUUCCAGACUGCUGAGGAGAUGGCUGCAAGUCUCACAGUGCAGACAGAGUCGGGGUGUGCCAACAUCGUGUCUGCUGCACCAUGCCAGUCCGACCCACAUCAGUAUGAGACCCAGUACUGCAGGCUGCGCACCUUUCUGUCAGAAACCGACAUACUAUGGGCAAAGGAGGUGAGCAGCAUCCUCUACCCACUCUUCGUCUACCUCCACCUGGACAUGGUGCAGUGCGGCCUGAAGGGGGCAGUUGAUGGUUUUUACAGUCGUUUCCACAGUACGUUUCUCCAGGAGAGUGAGCAGUGCGCCAUCAUAGAGCAGCUCCGCCAUGUACUCACCACUCAGGACAUAGCAGCAAACCCCAGGCUGAGCGCUUUCCUCGAGCACAAGUAUAUUGUUCAUUUGACGGAGCCGGCAUACAGCUACCUGCUGCGUUACUUGCAGAGCGAGGACAACAGCGCACUCUGCAGGGCAAUAAGCACACACCUGCAGGUGGAGGUCACGGCCUCAAAGCGUACAGACUACCAGCUUUACGGAGCUGCGGGCGGGGCAGCUGCGGCCACCAACUCCACCUCAUCCUGGGCGGGAGUCGACGGAGCAGAGGCCAGGGAAGGGGUGGAGGUCCCAGCGGGCGUCUCACAGAGUGAAGCGGCCCUUGAGGUUCUGCAGGACUGCAUUAAGAAAGUCCGCGAGGGCCCCCCCACGCUCACCACCGUGUGUUUUUACGCUUUCCACCACACGGAGCAGAUGUUGAACACAGCCGAGGUGUCAGCUGACAGCCGGCUGCUGAGCGCCGGGUUCGACAGCUCUACCGUGAAGCUGUGGAGCCUCAGAGCAAGAAAACUGAAGGCUAAACCGCACCAGGCUGAUGUGUCGCUCAUCCAUCUGGCCUGUGAUGUGCUGGAGGAGGAGGUGGAUGAAGAGGACUGCUCUGGCAGCGAGAUAAAGACUCUGCGAGGUCACAGCGGCCCAGUGUUUCGCACUGCCUUCCUGACGGACAGCUCUGGCCUGCUCUCCUGCUCUGAGGACACGACCAUCCGUUACUGGGACCUCAGCAGUUUCACCAACACGGCGCUCUACCAGGGCCACGCCUACCCGGUGUGGGACGUGGACGUCAGCCCCUGCAGUCUUUACUUCGCCAGCGGCUCCCACGAUCGAACGGCUCGCCUCUGGACGUUCUCGCGCACCUACCCACUGCGGCUCUAUGCCGGGCAUCUCUCUGAUGUCGAUUGUGUCAAAUUUCACCCAAACUCCAACUACCUGGCUACAGGCUCCACAGACAAGACUGUCCGUCUGUGGAGCACCCAGCAGGGGGCGUCAGUUCGCCUCUUUACAGGUCAUCGCGGCCCUGUGUUGUCACUUGCUUUCUCUCCUAAUGGGAAGUACAUCGCAUCAGCUGGUGAGGACCAGAGGGUGAAGCUGUGGGACUUAUCGUCAGGGACUUUGUUUAAAGACCUGCGAGGACACACAGACAGCGUCACUAGCCUGUCCUUCAGUCCGGAUAGCAGCCUGGUUGCCUCGUCAUCUAUGGACAACUCAGUCCGGGUUUGGGACAUUCGGAACUCCCACAGCGGGACGCCAGCCGACGGCUCGUCCAGUGAACUUGUGGGACUCUACACUGGAAACACCAACAACGUGCUUAAUGUCCAGUUCAUGGCCUGUAACCUGCUGCUGGUGACGGGAACUGCACAAGAGAAAACAGAGCAGUAGCCUAAGCUGUCUGCUGUUGAAAAGUUUUCAGAUUUUUCUUUGAAGAUGUGGCCUCCAGUCUGACUUUGCAGACAGACACUGAGACGUCUCAUGUCACCACUUGCACUUGCUUCAGACUUUUGUUUUUCUUGUUAGUUCUGGGCAUAGAAAAGAAGCAAAGUACUCCAGAAGUUUAGAUCCUUUAAUCUGGCUCAUAUGUUCAUAUGCAGAUAAACUAUAAUUUGUCUUUGAUAGUAUUUUCUGUUUUUUCAAUAAUGCCAGUAUAAAAUAAUUAAUCUGUUUGACUUGGAGGUCAAAAACAGUUUCCUCUGCUGCCAUGCACAAUUGUUAUCUAUAAAGGCUGCAAUGUGUCUGUUUGAUAAUAAAUAAUAACUCUUAUCAUUCAGUACCCUUAAAGGAAAGAAUCAUGUUUAAGUUGUGACCCUGAAUAAGUAUUUCAAGAUAAAUGGGUGGACAGGAUAGUUGAGGACCCUCUGAAGUAAAGAGUUGCACCUUCUUUACCACCACUCAAGUGUUGCUCUGCCCCCUUAAGUUACAUAAUUCAGCGUGCGUUAUGGAAUUUGAGAAACACGCGAGCAGAAAUGCAGAUUCAAAAGCCUGACAGACAGAGAACUUAACAAACUGUCACGAUCACUUUGAUUGGUUUUCACAGGUUUUUGGGAGCUGAGACUCGUGUAGGCUUAAGUUGGAGUUUGGUUUGUUGCUGAACCAAAAAAGGGAAAAUAGAUAUGUUUUCGUUCUUCGUAGCCAAAUCAAAUUUGAAUGAACAUUUUUGUGAGAUUGUCUUCACAGUUCUCUGUUUUGCUUGACCGCCCAGAGACAGUACCUUUUCUAUAUAUUUGGUUGAACCAUUACAAACACAGCAAAAUAAAUCCUGCUCCAGAGUGUUUUUGAUUGUAACAUGCAGCUCCAAAUUAAUUUGCUGGUGGACAAAUCUACAUGUACCAGAACUUUCAGACAUGUAGUCAACAUUGGUUGUGUUAUACCGGCUGAGGUCAAAGAGUGUUAGAGGGAAAUUAAGAGCGGGAAUACACCAGAACAGGAACAUUUUGGUUGUUAUUGGUUUGUCUCUGAGUUUCUUGUUGUAGAUUUGAUGAACACUUUGUAAAUAGCUCUGUUGUGGACAUUUCUCAGAAUUAAAGGAUUUAUAUUGAAUAAUAUCCUGCGAGCGGUAUCAAAUGUGCAAUGCUUGAAAAGUGUAAAUAUUCUGACUUUUUGUAAUAUUUUACCUACCAAGACAUUGCUGUUGAGUUCUAAAUAAGGGCUAAGA